AGAGAUCCCUUCCACCAAUCAUCUGACAACUUUAUCGCAAACUGACAGAAUGAAAAAAAACAAAAAUGCAAACAGGGCUGUAAAGUAACAGAGGCCAAUCGUGGGAGCCAGUACAGUAACCAAUGAAGAGCGAACCCCAAAAACACCAAUGACUGUCCGCCUUACAUUUGCAACUUCAGGAACUUGCCUUUGGUUUCGAGUUUGCUCGGCAGAGGGAGGCUUGUGCAUGGCCAAUCCCUGCUGCUGUGCCAGCCCCACGGCUUGUGAGGAAUCCCUAACGCCUUUCUGGGAGAAUUCAGCCCGCUGACCCCCUGCCGCCUUUUAACAUGACCACUGCCAGACUGGAAAGAAAAAGUGAAGGCACCAGAAAAAUAAGAUGCAUUCAUUAGAAAAUUAGAUGGAAGUCAAGGGAAAACGAAGCAAUAUUCCACCACAGCUUUUAUGAAUGUAGAGAUGGAUGGCCUUUACACAAGAAUAUCUCACACAGCUUAUUCUUUAUUGAAGAUGUUGAGCAGCUCAGACUCCAUUUUCUUCUGCACUUAGGAUAAGCAGAGGGCCCCGGGGCACAUAAAUGGGUGCACUGAAUACUUAAUGCCAUAUAGUUUCUGGUUUCUCAGGGACUUUAUCCUGUGUGGGCCUAUGCCCAGAAUAUCAGGGGAAGAUCACUAUGGAAGAUCAGCAGCUAUUCAAGGGCAGCCUUGCGCUUGGCACUAACGAACAUUUGUACUUUCAACAACUACAGAAUGAAGCAAGCAGCCAAUCUCUCGACCACAGCUACGACUCGCUGGACACGAAUGCCUCAGAGUCUUCUUCGUCGUCUCCUCAUUUAUCCCAGGACUCCAGGGAUCUCACUUUGCCCGCAGCUACUAAAAGUGUCAGAUCUGUGGAUGCAGCCGUGCCGGCCAAUUGGACUUAUUCUGGUUCUGGCAACCACGUCCAGGGGAGAAAUCAUUUAAACAGCUACGACCAAAGCUUGCCGUGGAAUUCCCAGGCGCAAAGUGAAGUCAUAGACUCUUUCCAGCUGCCCUGUUUUAAUCAACUCAGCGAAAACCGAUCCAAAAUGACCAGCGGUGCUUUACACAAACUCGACUCAUUUACAAAGGUAUUUGCGCGGCAGAAUUUACGCAAUCCUUCCGCAUCUCAGGGACUUCAUGAACAGCCAUCUCUAAUGGAUAGUGAGAGUGCGCUAAGGCAGCUGCUUUCUGUCAAGCCCGGGGCGGAGCAGCAAACUCUUACAGCGACCAUGGAAAGGUUCCAACAAAUGCAGCCAAACCAGGCAAAUUCGGGCCAGAAGCACCAGAUGCAGGCCAUGCAGCACCCACAGCAGCAUAUUUACUAUGAAUACCCUCAGCAUGGGAGCCAGAUGCAUUCACAGUCUUUAAUGCAACAAGGGCAACAGUAUUUGCAGCAAAUGCAGUCUCAUCAGGUAUUGCCGCAGCAAGCGCAGCAAAUGCAACAAUCUCAUUAUUACAUACAAGCCGCUCAGUCGGGGCAGCAACGUGCAGCUUCUCAGGAAAUACAGCAGCAGCGCCAGUUCUCAGGUCAAGCGCCUCAGUAUUACCAUUCGCAGACACCGAGGCCGGAGCUGCACCCAACGUUGCAGUCGCUGCAUCAUCAUCACGUGCAAAUGCAACCGCCUCCGUAUCACAGGGACUGCAAUCAAAAGGCUGAGUAUUUCCAGCAGGAUCAGACGCAAGCCAUGCAGCUCAUCCAGCUGGGGUCAGUGCCGCAGUAUGUCUAUCAGAACUCACAGCCAUUCAGGCACGUGUAUAAGCAGAACAUGGCGCCGCAGCAGCAGUCUCUGCACCAAGAGUCAAGCCAGCAGAAGCCAUAUGAAAGCCAGCCACAAGUUGUCAUGGAAACUGCGGUUGGAUUUACAAAUGUAGACGCCGUAGAUAAUUAUAAUGAUGUGGGUGGUAUUGGAAACGCCAUUUCCCAGCAUGCUGUCCUGGCACCGGACUCUACAUUCAUGGUGAAUAGCAGAGGAACCCAUCCGUCUUCUACUGCUGCCUGGCCUCAGAUUGUGUCAGAUGCCAGUCUUCCCACUGUUUCACCAGAUCACAGUCAAAAUAGAGGCGUGUAUUCUGAGAGGCCAGACUCCAGGAACCGACUCACGUGCUCCAUGUGCUUUAAGGAAUUCAAAAGCCUUCCUGCCCUGAACGGCCACCUGAGGUCCCAUGGGGGGGUGAGACCCUCCAGCCUAAAGCAAGAGGAAGGAGAGAAGCAGCAGGGGAGCGAGGCGGAUAGCGUCCCCCCAAUUGUUAUGCCUGUGUCUGUGCCUGUAACCCUUCCCCUGCCUGAGCCUAGCCUGCAAACCAGCUGCAGAGAGGGGAAAGAGCAGCCCGAGAGCUGCGUGUCCGAUGACGACAUGCCAGUCCUUACACGGAUGUCUUCCUCCCCGCCGUCCCCGCCCAAGGCGGUCAGCUCUUGUGCAUCUUCUGAAAUGAUUAGAAAGAUUCAGCAAAGCAGCUCGAAAUCGGGCAACUCAGAAGAAAGCCUCAAACCUCAGCAGGAAAAGAGAAAGUACCGACAUCGGCCAGAACCGCUCUUCAUCCCUCCUCCUGCCUUCAUUGUCAGCUCAUGUCACUCGGGUGCCACCCUGUACCAAAGCCAGCUGCGCUCUCCCCGCGUCCUGGGGGACAGUUUGCUGGGGGGAAAUCAGGAGUUACCUACAUACACUCCCCCUCCCAUGCUGAGCCCUGUGCGCCAAGGGUCCGGCCUGUUCAGCAGCGUCAUCACAUCAGUACACAACGCACACCUCCCGCUGACUCCGCUCACACCUUCACCCAGAGUGCUGCUUGGGCGGCCCAACAGCAUUGAUGUCGGCUGUACCACAGUAACACCGGGACCAGGAGAACAGACCACUGAUGUUGAACCACGGAUUAAUAUAGGGUCAAGAUUCCAGGCAGAGAUUCCAGAACUUCAGGCUCCGUUAUCCCUUUUGGCAGAAGUGGACAAUGCAACUUUGGUUUGGAAACCGUUGCCAGAUCUAGAAAGCAGAGACUCCCAACAAAGAGUGGACGUUUUCCUGAGCCUAUCCUGUUCCAGCGUGGUGCCUGGGGGCGGAACCAAUCUGGAGUACGCAUUGCAUGUGCUGUAUGAGUGCAACGGUAACGUCACGGGUGCGCUGGAGACGCUGCUUUUGAAAUGUCCCCCAAGGCUGCAUACCCACCCCUUAGCCAAUUAUCACUAUGCAGGGUCAGACAAAUGGAGCGCUACAGAAAAGAAGAACUUUAACAAGGCAUUAAACACCUGCAACAAAGACUUUUUUCAUGUACAAAAGAUGAUUAAGUCAAAGACCGUGUCACAGUGUGUGGAAUAUUACUACACCUGGAAAAAGAUCUUACACCUGGGGAGAACUGGGCACAGAACUCGGUGUGCUGUGGUUAAUAAUGAAGAUGGUAUGACAAGUGCUGACGAUGACGCAGAAGAGGACGAAGAACUGGAAGACAAAAGAUAUGAAAGUGGCUGUGAACUGAUGCAGAAAUCCCCAGACCUGCCUCGGGCCGCUGGCGCAUAUGGUGUUCCGACUAUUGGCUCGUUUGUUUGUGAGAUGGGCAACUGUGGCGCUAUAUUUUGUUCCCGGCAGGCUCUGAACGGGCAUGCUCGUAUUCACGGAGGAACAAGUGUACCAACUAAAGGCUUUCCAGUCCCAGGUAGCACUAGAACAAAGUCCAACACUCAGAGUGGGUACUGCUCAGUGAAAAGCUCUCCGGCUCACAGCAACACCAGCGGAGAGACUGAUAUGUCCACAAUUUUUCCGUGCAAAGUGUGUGGCAAGGUAUUUUUCAAGAUCAAAAGCAGGAACGCACACAUGAAAACUCACCGGCAGCAAGAAGAGCAACAGAGACAAAAAGCCCAGAAAGCUGCAGUAGCAGCAGAGAUGGCAGACACCAUUGCAAGGACCAUAGUAAGGACUACAGUGCCUGUUGAGCACAUUCUGCCUUUCGAUCACCCGAGCCUUGUAAAAAGCAUGGAGCAAGACUUUGAUAAUGAUGUUGCCCAAGAUUUGGAGGAUGUCCUAGAAGAGACAGACAUUAUUCAUGCUGAUCUACUCCUGGAUGAUGAAGAUUUGCUUCAAGAUGGGGCUGUUCUGUAGGGAAACCAUUAGGGUCCACUGUGUUUUAUUAAGAAAAAAAUAGAAGUUUACUAUUGGAGUGCCUGUUGUUAUCUCCAUAUGAA